CGUAUACCUAAGCAGCAGGGAAAGAAGAGCGAGACUGAAGGAUGGAUUUUACAUGCUAAUGCUUGGAUUUAUUUCUCCUUUUAAUAUAUCUUCUUAGGUCUGAAGUGCAUCAAGAGUGUUGUAGUUUAAGGACGUGAUGAUUGACGACUUCGAAACCCAUGUGGUCCGAUCUAGUGGAGAUCUUUGGUCCGAGGUCUGCUCCAGUCUGCCAGAUCCACUGGGACAUGAUGAUGGACAAUUUACAGACUCAUUUCAGCCUUCCUCUCAAGGGAUCCCUCAGCCAAACUCCCCCAGAGCAUCUUUCAGCCCCUGGGAACCAAUGGCUGACUCUGAAGUUUACAUUGCUAGUUUAGAAAGUCGAUUGAAGAGAAUCAGGGGACAACCAAAUGAAGUAACAUCCAGGGAGAUGCUCCGUUCCUUGUCCCAGGCAAAAAAGGAAUGCUGGGAUAGGUUUCUUCAUGAUGCUCAAACCUCAGAAUUGUUCCAGGAUGGAAACUUUGAUCAGAGUGCUUUGGAACAGUUCAAGCGGUGGCUGUCCCCUGAAAGUGUGGCAAUCAAUGCAGAAGAGCUGGAGUGCUUGCUUUUGCCCACACAGAACAACGAGGUUCCUACCAGCUCAGCCCAAACCGAUAAGCCAUGUGAAGAGGAAGAGUGCACAAGUCCUGAGAAAUAAACAUAUCACAGCAAUAACCAGUUUUGCUCUAUUGAUCAGCAGUAGUGUUAGGGAAAUUAAGUGUAUAUGGGGUCUUGUUGUGGAAAGCAACUUUAUUGUGACCCAUUUGUGGGGAUCUUUUGUUUCUCAAAGAUAAAGGGUUAGUUCACCCAAAAAUUUAAUUUGUCAUCAUUUACUCACCAACAUGUUGUUUCAAACCAUCAUAAUUUUUUUUGUGAAACACAAAAGGUGUUAAUCUGAGUCACUAGUGACUUCAUUUCAUCUUUUUCUAUAAAAUGAAAUUGAAAGGUGACUAAAGGCAGUCAGUUUGCCUGAAAUCAUCUUUUGUGUUCAAUGGAAGAAAACAAGUAAUACAGGUUUGAAACAACAUGUGUUGUGUGAGUAAAUCAUGACAGUAUUUUCAUUUUUUGGUAAACUAACUAUCCUAGUUAGGAUAGUUCACCCAAAAAUGACAAUUUUCUCAUCAUUUUCUCACCCUCAUGCCAUCCCAGAUGUGUAUGACUUUCUUUCUUCUGCUGAACACAUAUGAAGAUUUUUAGAAGAAUAUCUCAGCUCUGUACGAUCAUACAAUGCAAGUGAGUGGUGACCACAAUUUUGAAGCUCCAAAUUGCACAUAAAGGCAUCAUAAAAGUAAUCCAUAAGACUCCAGAGGUUAAAUCUAUGUCUUCAGAAGCGAUAUAAGUAUGGGUUAAGGGUGAUUUAUACUUCUGUGUCAAACCUACGGCGUUGGCUCCGCGUAAUGGCCAAUGCGUUUGUUUGCAUUUAUUGUUCUGCGUUGAUGUGUAUGUAUCGUUCUGUGAGUACACAACCAAAUGCUAACUAUAUGUUUCAUAGAUAAACAAAAGCAAUGCAAGCAAUGUAAUUUCUGGAUUCAUUAGUAUUUAUUAAUUUAUUGUAGCAUCAAAUAUGAGUUCAAAGUAUGUGAACAUGUUGAAAUGUAGUUACAGUUGUGGGCAAAAAUAUUGGCACCUUUUUUUUAAUUUUUUUAUCUUUCAUUAAAAAAUAAUCACAAAAAUAUAACCUUUAAUAGAAGUAAAAGAAUUGAAACAUGGGAAAUAUCUCAUUAUUAAAUAAAUAUUUUUCUCCAAAAUGCAUUGGCCAUAAUUAUUGGCACCCUUUUAUUCAAUACUUUUUGCAACCUCCCUUUGCCAAGAUAACAGUUCUGAGUCUUGUCUUAUAAUGCCUAAUGAGGUUGGAGAACACCUGGCAAGGGAUCUGAGACCAUUCGUCCAUACAGAAUCUCUACAGAUCCUUCAAAUUCAGAGGUCCAUGUUGGUAAACUCUCCUCCCACAAAUUUUCUAUGGGGUUCAGGUCAGGAGACUGGGAUGGCCAUGGCAGAACCUUGAUUUUGUGGUUAGUGCACCAUUUUUGUGUUGAUUUUGCUGUUUGUUUUGGAUCAUUGUCCUGCUGGAAGAUCCAACCAGGGCCCAUUGUAAGCUUUCUGGCAGAGGCAGGUUUUGAUUUUUUAUCCGUUGGUAUUUGAUAGAGUCCGUGAUGCCAUGUAUCUGAACAAGAUGUCCAGGAUCUCUGGCUGAAAAACAGACUAACAACAUUAAAGAUCUAGCACCACAUUUAAACGUGGGCAUCGUGUAUUUCUUCAUCUUUGUGUGUGCCAAACCUAUCUGUGGUGUUUGCUGCCAAAAAGCUAUUUUUUCGCAUUUGAAGUUUCAGUAGUGUCUGGCAAACUGAAGACGCUUGAGUCUGUUGUUGGAUGAGAGCAGAGCCUUUUUUCUUUAAACCCUCCCAAACAACUUGUGAUGUAGGUGAUGUCUGAUAUUUUUUUUUAUAUAGACUUUCUGACCACAAGACCCAACUAAUUUCUGCAAUUCUCCAGCUGUGAUCCUUGGAGAUUCUUUGGCCACUUGAACCCUCCUCCUCACUGUGCUUGGAGACAAUAUAGACACACUUCCUUUUCCAGGCCGAUUCUUAAGAUCUCCAGUUGACUGGAACAUGUUAAUUAUUGCCCUGAUGGUGGAAAUGGGCAUUUUCAAUGCUUUGGUUAUUUUCUUAUAGCCACUUCCCAUUUUGUGAAGCUCAACAACCUUUUGCCGCACAUCAGAACUAUAUUUUUUAGUCUUACCCACUGUGAUUGAUGAUUAAGGGAAUUUGGCUUGUGUGUUACCUCAUUUAUUCCCAUGUGAAACAGGAAGUCAUGGCUGAACAAUUUCAUGUUCCUGUUUCUAGUCAUCCAGGUGCACUAAAAAAAUUUAAAAUAUGAAUGGGUAUAUACUUAAGAUAUAUUUUACUCAUAAUAAUUUCUAGCGGUGGCAGUAAUUGUUGCCAAUGUGGUUUGGAGAUAAAUAUUGAUUUAAUAAUGAGAUAUUUCCCCUUUUUCAAUUGUUUUACUUCAAUUAAAGGUUAGAAUUUUGUGAUUUUUUUUUUUUUAAUGAAAGAUCAAAAGGAUAAAGCAGAUUUUUUUUUCACAGCCUUCUUUGCUCAUAUUUACCAAGGGUGCCAAUAUUUUUGGCCACAACUGUACAUAUUAUUUAUUAUACAUGUUGCCUGCAUUGCAGGCAGAAAAUAAAUUAGGAAAUUACUGUAUGCUUGCUCUUGAGUCGCUUACAUAAUAAUACAUACAUAUUUUGGCAUACUUUUGAUGUUCCGUGAUGAAAAAGAAAUCAUCGAAUUAUUUAAUAACUACUCACCUGAAUAACAUAAAUGGGUGUCAUUUUAAAGAAUUUACAAUGCAUAUAGGAAAUAUAACCAACUCUUACCAGGUGCUUUUUAAUUUGCUGACAAAUUAAAUGGUCACAAGUCCAAAUACAACGUAAUGUAAUGCAUAUAUAUUAAAAUAAUCUUGGAUAAAAUGCAACGGUACCUCAGACAUCCUCUAUAUCAUCCUGGGAGGCGGUCUGUGGUUAAAGUGGACAAUCACAGCUGUUGUGGUCUGCGUCGACGCAACGCACGGUUACAUUUAGACCUUUAGAAACAGAUCAAUAUUUAAGUCCUUUUUACUAUACAUUCUCCUCCCUGCCCAGUAAGUGGCGAUAUGAACGGAGAAUGCGAACCGCCAAAAUCAAAGUAGUGAAAGUGGAGAUUGAUAGUAAAAGAGGACUUAAACAUUGGUCUGUUUCUCACCCACACUUAUAUCGCUUCUGAAGAUGUGGAUUAAACCACUAAGUCGUAUUGAUAACUUUUAUGCUGCCUUUUAUGUGCUUUUGGAGCUUAAACAUUUUGGGACCCAUUCACUUGCAUUGCGAGGACCUGCAGAGCUGAAAUAUUAUUCUAAAAUCUUUGUUUGUGUUCAGCAGAAGAAAGUCAUACACAUCUGGUAAGGCAUGAGGAUGAGUAAAUGAUGAGGGAAUUUUAAUUUUUGGGUGAACAAUUCCUUUAAGGUUUCUUUGGCUCUGCAUGUUUCUCAAUCUUUCAGUGUGCAUGGUGUUUUUAUAGAAUUGAAUACAAAGAUCAGAAGGAAACACUCUGUUAGAUGAGUAAAUAAAAUAUUUCUUGCAAAAGGCAGUAAAAUAUUAAUUGCCAAGGAUUGCACUUCAUUCUCUGCAAUUGCAAAUUGUAAUUUGUUCAGUGAAGUACAUACAUAGUCUGAACACAUUUUUACCAGCCAGAACCUUCACUAUGUUAUAUAACAUUCCAGAAAUAUUUUUUAUUAAGUGAUUUUCAUUAUUAUUUGCUAUUGCUGUUAAAUUUAAAUGGAAAUUCUUGCUACUUGCUACUUUUCCUGCAAUAUUGGAAGUGCUGCUGAUAUACACUGACUAAUAAAACACAUGUUCUAUGUAUGUGUGUUCUAUGGAUAUAUUACAAUUAUGAACACUUGAUGGUAAUUUAGAUUUUGUUAUAUCUAAAUAAAUUCAAAUGCAUAGGCCAUUGGAUUAGAUAACUGCUAAAUGUAACAUGGUUAAAGAAUGUUUUUAAUGUAAUAUUUCCAUUAUGUAUGGCCAUGUCAAUUGUACACUUGUAUUUAGAACAAUAAUGAAAGGAUAAUAAAGACUAGAAAGGAGCUCUAA